AUCCCGACAGGAACAAAACGAGAGUCGUUGAGAUCGAUUCUCGAACUGAGUUGAGAAGUCUUCGCUUGAGAACCUUGUCCCAACUGAUCGGUCCCGUCACCGACGUUGAUCUCGUUCCGAACCUUUGCGAAUCUCGCAUUCGAGUCGGGCAAUGGACGGUAAUCCCAAUUCAGGAAAAGAAACGCAAUGCCCCGUGGUCGUCAAUGGCGUCCCAGGUUAAGGAAGUGACGACGCGUCCCACUCCCAGCUGCGACAGACAUUGGUGGCGCUCCCUCAGCUCGCUCGUCGCAUUUCCGACCAUGCAGAAGAAGACGAACGAUGGCUAACCCAUAAAUGAACAGCGUCCCGAGCACCCUAAUAAAGAACGAUAGUCGUUCGGGACCCGGACGAAGACGAGGACGCGCGGAACAGCUGCAGAGAUCGCAAGAACCCUCUCUGCUGAAGCAACCCAGAUGGGCCCACCCGAUUCUUCAGGCGCGGGUUCGCCGGAGCGAGAGCGCCCGCUCCUGGGCGGCGACGUCGUGGGCGGCGCCGUAGACUACAACGGUCGUCCGGCUCGGAGAUCCUGCUCCGGGGGGUGGAGAUCUGCGUUCUUCAUCAUCGGCGUGGAGGUUGCCGAGCGGUUUGCGUAUUAUGGGAUAGCGGCGAACCUGAUAACCUACUUGACGGGGCCGCUGGGGGAGUCGACGGCGGCGGCGGCGGAGAACGUCAACGCGUGGUCUGGGGCGGCGUCUCUGUUGCCUCUCCUCGGUGCCUUCGUCGCCGAUUCUUACCUGGGACGUUACCGGACCAUCAUCAUUGCUUCGCUUGUCUAUAUUUUGGGACUGGCUUUGCUGACUCUAUCGGCUGUCCUAACUUCUCUCGGCACAUCUGAAUGCCAAAACACCACUAAGAUAACAUCCUGUUCGUCCUCUAAGCUCCACGUCAUCUUGUUUUUCUUCUCUCUCUAUAUGGUGGCAAUUGGACAAGCUGGCCAUAAACCAUGUGUUCAAGCCUUCGGGGCAGAUCAGUUCGACGAACGAGACCCAGUGGAGACCAAAGCUAAAAGCUCCUUCUUCAAUUGGUGGUAUUUUGGCUUAUGUGCAGGAGUCUCGGUGACACUUGUGGUCUUAGUUUACAUUCAAGACAACCUCAACUGGAGCCUUGGAUUUGGAAUUCCCUGUAUUGUAAUGGUGGUCGCUUUGGUCAUUUUCUUGAUGGGGACGAGGACUUACAGAUUCAGCGACCGAAGUAAUGGAACGAGCCCAUUCAUAAGAAUUGGUCGUGUUUAUGUUGCUGCAGCUAAAAAUUGGAGGAAGAAGGCUCCAUUGUUGCCUAUUGAAGAGGAAGCUCUAAAAUUACCUCUGGAGAAUUACAAGCAAUUCAUGUUUCUAAACAAAGCUUUGAUUAUAGCAGAUGACUCGAAAGAAAACCAAACUAAUGUUGACGAUGUUGAGGAAGCAAAGUCCAUACUACGGCUUGUUCCAAUAUGGCUGACAAAUCUGGUAUUUGCCAUUGUCUAUGCACAAAUCUCAACCUUCUUUACAAAGCAAGGAGCCACAAUGGACAGAACCAUCUUCCCAGGCUUUGAAAUACCAGCUGCGUCACUCCAAGUAUUUAUUGGACUCGCCAUUGUCAUCACUAUCCCGAUAUAUGAUCGGAUUUUCGUCCCUGUAGCAAGAAGUUUAACCAACAAACCCUCUGGAAUUACAACGCUGCAAAGAAUAGGGGCCGGGAUGUUCUUCUCGAUUCUUGGGAUGGUCACUGCAGCCCUAGUUGAAACGAAAAGACUGGAAAUUGCCCGAGAAUACGGGCUGGUGGAUAUACCAAAUGCCACGAUUCCGAUGAGCGUGUGGUGGUUGGUUCCCCAAUAUGUGCUUUUCGGGCUCGCUGAAGCUUUGACCAUGGUUGGUCUGCAAGAGUUCUUCUAUGAUCAGGUCCCCUCUGAAUUAAGGAGCAUUGGGCUGUCGCUUUACCUUAGUGUUAUUGGUGUAGGGAGCAUUCUGAGCAGCAUCCUUAUCUCAAUCAUCAAAGCAGCAACCAGUAAUGAUGAUUGGUUUUCGAAUAAUCUUAACAAGGCGCAUCUCAAUUACUUCUAUUGGCUGCUUGCCGGGAUGGGUGCAGUUGGAUUUGUCUUAUUUUCCUGUUGCGCAAUGGCUUACAUAUAUCGGCGGAGGGCAGCCUGAUGAUCUGUACACAAUGAUUGAAAUCGUCCUAGAUAGAACAGAAUGCUUUUCUCCUCUUUCCUCUUUUCCACUUGAAUUUUCAGUCGCCUCAGUGUAGUUUUUAAUCGGACAUUAUUUUCUUCAGAGCAUGAGUUGGUGCAAUCCUGGAGAAAGUCAUACGAAUAUGAAGCUGAGUUGUAUCUAUAAGUUGACGAUUCUCUAUUAUGCUAUAAGAGUGGCUUCCCGGCAUGAGUUUCGGGAAGUUGUAUUAGCAGAA